AUGAUACCGAUAAGUUUACUUAUAUUUAUAGUUGUGUGCGGUGUUGUGAACAUUUCGCAAUGCGCCAAAAUAUUGUGCGUGUUUCAAAUGCCAUCGAACAGCCACCAGGUUGUCUUUCAACCUGUUUGGAGGGAGUUAUCGUUGAGAGGACACCAGGUUACCGUGCUAACUUCUGCACCCCUGAAAGAUCCUACUUUGGUCAACCUAACGGAGAUAGAUUUAGGGUACUUGAGGGAAAUUUUAACGGAUAAAUUUAACUUUAUUCAAACCAACAGUGUUAGGGCUUGGCCGCAUAGAAAAAUUGAAGAGGUGUACAAAAUGAACUAUUUAUUGGCCGAAAGAAUAUUAAAAAAUGAACAGUUCAAAAAGAUAUAUCAAAAUCCCAACACUAAAUUCGACCUUAUUAUCAUUCAGAGUUACGUAGGGCCUAUAUUUCACGCUCUAGGUGAAAUUUACAACGCCCCUGUGGUGGCUAUCAACUCCAUGAACGCAUUCAUAGGUCAACAUUUUGAAAUAGGUAACCCUCAUCAUCCAGCUGUGUACACAGACAUGUAUACCGAAUACCAAGGAGAGUUAACAUUCUUGGAAAGGUGGCACAGCACUUUUUACUACCUCUGGGCCAGAUAUUUCAUAUAUUUCGAAGGCAUGCCUAAAAGCGAUGCCAUAGCACGGAAAUAUUUGGGCAACGAUAUACCUUACUUGGGUGAAUCGGUUAAGAAGUUAAGUUUUUUGUUUACCACCACAAAUCCUACUCUUAUUGUACCCAGGCCACAAGUGCCAACUCAUAUGGAAAUCGGGAGGUUACAUCUUAAGCCUACCAAACCUUUACCAAAGGAUUACCAAGACUACCUGGAUAAUGCGAAAGAAGGAGUGGUAUAUGUUAGCUUAGGAUCUAACGUUCUUAGCUCCAUGGUACCAGAAAAGUUUAGAAGCAAUUUAAUUGAAGCUUUGGGAAAAAUACCAUACAAGGUGUUAUGGAAAUACGAGGCGGACAAUUUAAAAAACUUGCCGAAAAAUAUACUGACUAAAAAAUGGGUACCACAGCAAGACGUUUUAGCACAUCCAAACGUGAAAGGAUUCGUAAUGCAAUGCGGGUUGCAAUCUUUGGAGGAGGCGUUUUCACGAAAUGUCCCGGUUAUAUGUUGCCCGUUCAUAUCUGAUCAGUUGAUGCACAUCAAACGUCUCGAGAAAAUCGAAGCUGCCAUUGGAAUUAAUCCAGAUAAUGUAAGCGUUGAUGAAUUUAAGUCCGCCAUCAUGGAAAUUAUAAACAACAAGAAGUACAAAGAAAAUGUAAAAAAAAUCAACGACCUGUGGAACGAUGAACCCAUGAAACCACUGGAAAAAGUAAUAUGGUGGAUUGAAUACGUAAUAAGGCAUAACGGUACGUCGCAUUUAAAAAGUCCUACAGCAACUCUGCCCUGGUAUCAAUUUUUCCUGGUCGAUGUUAUUUCCGCCACUUUGUUAGUAUUUUUCAUGCCAAUUUAUUUAUUAUACUUGCUCUUUAAUAAAUGUUGUGCUUCAAACAAAAAGAUAACAUCAAAGAAACAAAAGAAGGAACAAUAAUUGUUUUGUAUCGAAAUGAUUCUGUCUGUAGCUAUGUUGUUUAAUAAAUAAAUGUUUUGUUAUCAUUGUUGUACA